AUGGCGAUAAUACAUUAUCUCGAGUUUACCAUCGGCCGACUGCUGUACCCAAUCCGUGGUCAUGAGUCAAGACAGAUCAUCCAUUGCCCGGCAUUCAAAGACCUUCCGGAGCCCAACAUGACCCUUGAAUCACCCGAGGCCGGGCCCUCAGGCUCUAAAUUACCUCUCCACUGUACUUGCAAGGCCGUCGACGGCAAGAGCUGUCUUCCUGAGCUGCUCUGGACCGCUCCCGACUCUCGUGAGGAAACAAAGGAGUAUAUACUUUUCUGUGAAGAUCUCGAUCCACCAAUCCCAUUUCAUGUCUUCCACCACUGUCUUCUCUGGGCAAUUCCAGCCUCAACUACCAAGGCCGAAGCGGCUAAUGUUCAUCCCGAAGAAUACGCCAAGAUUUCACGCCUGACCGUCGCAGGUUGGCGAUUUGUGCCCACUCUACUUGGAUUACCGUACGUCGGUGCUGGUGCGACCCUCGGCCAUGGAAAACAUCGUUACGCCUUCACCAUUAUCGCUCUCAAAGAGUCGCUGAAGGUCAAGGCUCCUGAGAAAGCGACCAAGAACGAUAUCAAGCGCGCCAUGACAGGCAAGGUCAUCGGCUGGGCCCAGUGGACUGGCACAUUUGAAAAGCCCUGGCCGAACUAG